CGUUUGCUAAACUGUCCGUAGUGAAACAAGAAGGUUUGUCUCAACUGCUAGUGUCGCCCAAACCUACCGUGAAACUAGCUUACUCUCAACGUAGAAGAAGUUUAUAAAUCCACAUUGCCUACUGGAGUUUAAAUCGGCAACGUUAGACGAACCGCCGUUGCCGAAGUUGUUUAUAGUGAGCACGCAGAAUUUCCAUUAUACGGUUGCCAGAAAUUGACGCUUUACGUCUUUGAACGAGGGUGCGACUCAGCUAGAACAAGCUGUUCUACUAAGAUUUAUCAAUGGACGCGGUUGUGCAGUUUACCAGCCAAAGUCAAGGAAGGGACCGUAUAUUCAGGGCAACUCAAUAUGCAUGUGCACUGUCGGUUUAUUUACUUCGGAACAACUCCGAAAGAAAGGACCUUGUGGCGAAACUCAAAAGUCUGGAAACCAACAUGAGCGCUGGAAGAAAACUGUUCAGGCUGGGGAACACAAUAAAUUCCAUUGAGGCUGCUAAGCGAACCAUGCAACUCUCUGACCGAGUGCUGUGCCUCUGCCUUACUGCGGCCAACGCCAACCGCGCCCUCUACUUUAUCUGUGACAAUGUACUUUGGGCCAGAAAUGUCGGUCUUAUCCGCGAUAUCGACAAGGAACGCUGGAGUCUGAAUGCCUCUCGAUGCUAUUUCCUCUCGCUAGUAACAAGUCUGACCAGAGAUGUUUAUGAAGUCAUCCAGUUAAUGGCACAGAAAGCAAGAGACAGACACUUUAAACAGAAAAUGGAGCUGCAUCUCAAUGAGAGUUCUGAAGUGGCCGAAGCAGUCAUCCCUCAGCUGGAUGCGUUUCUCUUUCUGCUGUUAGAGAGCCUGAGGUCGCAUCCUGCUGUUGCCUUGGACGUGCUUAAAAAUGUAUGUGAUCUCUUCAUUCCCCUUGAUAGGUUGGGUAUAUACCAAUCAAACGCAGGAGUGGUAGGAUUUUGUGGUUUGUUAUCUUCAGUGAUUGGGAUUGUAACCCUUGCACAGCCCAAGUUAAGACUCAGACCCUGAUAAGAAGGGUAGAGUUAAUCUUGCUGACUAACUGCAGAUAAAAGGAUUUAUCCUGACAGGAUGUAGUGUGUCUACCUGAAGCUGUAAUGGUGGACUAAAGUAGACCUGGUGCACAUUGAGAUUAGGGCACAUUUUGUAACAUUUAAAUCAGGCCAGCAACAACUGAUGGCAUGACUGGAUUUGAUUUUUUUUUAUCAUGGAUUCUUGAUUAACAAAAUGACUAAACAUUGAAUGGGGAACUGGUGAAGUUUAAAACAAUGGUAUGAAAGGAAUAAAAAUCAUGAUAAGAUGCUGCUAAAAGUUUUACCUCAAUGAUUCAAGUGAUAAAUUGCUUCUCGGCCAAACGUGCUUCCAGAGGGGGAAAAAGCAGCUGAGAGAUUUCAGGGGAUAGGAUUCUCUCACAGUAGACAUCUUGUCUUGUCAUUGUAGGAAAAGCACAGAAUUACCAAUAACACAAACAAUGGCUCUGUUCUAUCUGAGUGUGGCUGUGAGUUUGGCAGAAAGCCAACAUUCACAAUACAAUGACCCUGAAAUCAAACCAGCUACAUGGAAUUCAUCCAUAAUUAAUGUAUUGUUUUCUAUAUGUGUUUUCCUACUGCUGUGGUGACUAAUUUGUCUUCUGUGAAAAAGUAUUUUAUCUCACCUGUUAUGACUCGGACAGCAGAAUGAACGUCAGACUCAUGGCCUGUAUGUCAAUUUAAAAUGUAAAUUGAGUUAAGAAAUAUCAAUACAAUUGGUGUUAUAUUUGAAUGAGUAGAGACACUCUCGAUAAUGUGAUAAUAAUAUUCUUAAUAUAUUGUUUAGUACGCUUGUGUAUAUAUGUUAUUUAAAUCUUUGAUUAAAACAAGUGCGGAGGAUAAAGUAGAGACCUCCAACUCCCUCUAGAAAAUAACUAAUAUUAGACUUCAGUUCUAAAAGCUGCGAGUGAGAUUUACAAUGACAUGAAGUUUGUUUCAUUCCAGGGGACCUAAUGUUUUUACUGUCACACUUGAUUUCAAAGGUUAAUAAAUACUAUAAAAACAGCA